CCCUUUUUGUCCUCACCACCUUCUUCUCGACCCUUCUCUGAAUCUCCACGGUAGCAGCCGCCCUCCCUGGGUCUGUGCAUUGCUUUGUGGCGCUGUGCCUCAGUGACCCCCUCAUCUCACUUUCUCCCGACUCCCCCUCCCGGCUCAGCGCCUGGGGGCCUGGCCCUGGGAAAGGAAGGAUGGUUCCCGAGGUAAGGGUCCUCUCCUCCUUGCUGGGACUCGCGCUGCUCUGGUUCCCCUUGGACUCCCACGCACGAGCCCGCCCAGACAUGUUCUGCCUCUUUCAUGGGAAGAGGUAUUCCCCCGGCGAGAGCUGGCACCCCUACCUGGAGCCCCAGGGCCUGAUGUACUGCCUGCGCUGUACUUGCUCCGAGAGUGCCCAUGUGAGCUGUUACCGCCUCCACUGCCCGCCUGUCCACUGCCCCCAGCCUGUGACCGAGCCACAGCAGUGCUGUCCCCGGUGUGUGGAACCUCACACCCCCUCUGGGCUCCGGGCCCCACCAAGGUCCUGCCAGCACAACGGGACCACGUACCAACAUGGAGAGAUCUUCAGUGCCCACGAGCUGCUCCCUUCCCGCCUGCCCAACCAGUGUGUCCUCUGCAGCUGUACCGAGGGCCAGAUCUACUGCGGCCUCAUGACCUGCCCAGAACCGGGCUGCCCUGCACCCCUCCUGCUGCCCGCCUCCUGCUGCCAGGCCUGCAAAGAUGGGUCAAGUGAGAAGUCAGCUGAAGAGGAUGCCACGCAGUCACACCGUGGGGUGAGACAUUCCCAGGAUCCGUGUUCAGGGGACGGUGGGAGAAAGAGAGACCUGAGCACCCCAAGCCCCACUGGCCCCAGCUCCCCCCUGGGCUUCCUCCCUCGCCACUUCCGACCGAAGGAGGCAGGCAGCACGACAGUCAAGAUUGUUUUGAAGGAGAAACAUAAGAAAGCCUGUGUGCAUGGCGGGAAGACGUACUCCCAUGGGGAGGUGUGGCACCCAGCCUUCCGCUCCUUUGGACCCCUGCCCUGCAUCCUGUGCACCUGUCAGGACGGCCGCCAGGACUGCCAGCGCGUGACCUGCCCCACUGAGUACCCCUGCCGUCAGCCCAAGAAAGUGGCUGGGAAGUGCUGCAAGAUUUGUCCAGAGGACAAGGCAGACCCUGGCCACAGUGAGAUCAGUGCCACCAAGUGUCCGAAGGCGCCGGGCCGGGUCCUUGUCCACACAUCAGUAUCCCCAAGCCCGGACAACCUGCGUCGCCUGGCCCUCGAGCGUGAGGCUUCUGAACAGGUGGAGAUCUACCUCUGGAAGCUGGUAAAAGGAAUCUUCCACUUGAUUCAGAUCAAGAAAGUCAGGAAGCAAGACUUCCAGAAAGAGGCACAGAACUUCCGGUUGCUCACUGGCACCCACAAAGGUCACUGGAACGUCUUCCUAGCCCAGACCCCGGAGCUGAAGGUCACGGCCAGUCCAGACAAAGUGACCAAGACCUUGUAACACAGACCUGAACAGCUGCAGAUGUGAGCUUUAUUAUUUUUGUUGCUAUAUAUUAAUAAAUAAGAAGUUGCAUCACCCCUCAA